CGGGGCAACGAGUGUGAGCCAGUGCCCCGGACGGACGCUUCCCUGGGCCCGAGGCCAUUGGGAGGGGGAGGGCCGGGGGGCUCUGCCGGGAAGAGUUGCAGACCGGAGGAGUAAAAGCUGCAAGACACCAUAACCACAAUGCAUUUCUGUCAGAAAAAUGAAUUGGAAUUAGAAAAAGGCAGUGAAACUCAAAGAGCAGAAGAAUUCCAAGCGACAUGUACCUAUCCAAAUGAAAAGAGAGAAAAGAAUCAUGUCUGUACCCUGCUGAAUAUCAGUGACCUAUCACUUGAACAAGAACGAUCCAUGGAUUAUAUUAUUGGCACUGGAUGGGAUGAAGCAGUGCAAGGCUGGGGUAAGGCCUCUCCAACUGCCUGCGUUUGGCCCCGAAAGAAAUCCAGAAAAGCCAAGGCAGGAGAAAGCGACGGCAGCUGUCUACUGUGCAUAAAUAUGGUGCAGCCGCCCGGUGCACAUCUCGUCCCCGACCCCAAGCCCUCCCCCGACCCCUCCAAACCCGACUUAAAAGCAAGGAGCAAGGUCGCUCAGGAUACGGUGCCCGAAAAGGAACACGCUCCGUUGCCCAGCCAAGAGUCGCCCGCCUGCUCCGAGACAGCCGCGAGUGAAGCAUCCGCCGCAAGAUCCGCCCCAAGGCCUUGGGGGAAAAAAAAAAACGCUUCAAAACCAGGCCUAGUGCUGCCCCCGCUGAGAGCCAGCCCCCAGAGCAACCCGGACUCUUCGAUCAAGAAGAAGAUGGGGGCGUUAACGGUCUCUGAGGAGAAAAUGCCCGGCACCGCUUCCCCCUGGAGUUACGGUUCGAAAGCAGCCGAACAGAAAGGGGAGAAGGGGACCCUCGACCCCUUAAGCGGUGUCGCCGACCAACAGGAGAAACUGAGCGAAGCGAGCCCGAGGACCUCCUCCUCUUCUGAGCCCUCGCCUCCGGGUUGGCCCUGGUCCCUCCUGCCCGACAAGCACUCCAACUCCGUCCCCGACAUGGCCACCUGGCAGCUUCCUCACAAACGGCGACCGCAGGGCCGCCGGCCGCAGGUCCGCCGGGAGGAGCCGAGAGCCGCCAGCGGUGGCAAAGAGCGGAAUCUCAGCAAGGCCCGGCGAGAGAGCGGAUCACAAGCCUCGCUAGUAGAUAAACCUGACUUUCUCGUCAGGGAGAUUCUCCGCCAGCAUCUGGGUCUUUGUAACAAGACUGCAAGGAAUCUGAAGGAUGGAGCAGCAGCACGUCACACUCUGUUCAUCUGCGACUGUCAGUAG